AUGGCGAAGAAGAUUCGCAAUGAAGGUCAAUAUAGACAACAAAUACGUGAUUUAGUCGGUGCCACUGGAUGUCCGCAGUUGAGGCGGUUGAACACUAUGGUGGCUGUGCAUUACAGCCAAGUCUGCUUGCAACAUUUGAAGCGCAGACGAGGUUUGCCAGCAACAUCUGUGGUGUCUAUUCUUCUUUUGGAAGGCGCUUCUUCAGAAUUGAUUUCGCUUGCACAAGAGGUGUGUGAUAUUUGCUCUGGAGAUGUUCUUUUAUUGGCACCCCACUUGCUGGACGAAUUCUGCAUGGACGUUGCCUGGGGAGAGCCUGUGCGUUACGCGAUCGCCUGGCCUAGGUCCUGCGAGUUGGAACAGAUGGCGGCACCCUUCCUGGUGUUGGAUGGUUUGGUGUCCGCGCAGAACUUGGGCCAAGUGAUGAGGAGCGCAGUUUUGUUGGGCAUCACGUCGGUGAUUUUGACUCGGGCCAGUUUUAAUUGCCUGAACGGUCGCGCCUGCCACGCAUCCCAGGGCUGGCUCUACGAGGCGGAGUUCCAUCUGGCAGAAGACCUGCCAGUGGCGCUGCGCUCGCUGAAGCGGGCCCAGAUCUGCAUUUACGCGGCGGAGGAGAUUCAUCCCAAAGCGGUGUCUCCGCAGCCGAAUGCUCGCUGGGCUUUAGUGGUCGGCAACGAGGACAAAGGCGUGUCCCCUGAAGUGCUCGAAUGUUGCGACGACUUUCUUUGCGUUCCACAGGUGCGGGGCGCAUCUCUGAAUGUGGCACACGCUGCGGCCAUUUGCAUGUACGAGUUAGGACGGGGGCUCCCAUUGAAGAAAAGUGUGCGUCGGUGGCUUUAA